GGUUUGAUCUACCACGCGUCCCUGGUGGGGAAGUCCGCAUCGAAGUUCAAGGGAAAAAUCUCGCGCGUGUUGGCCGCGAAAAUGGCCCUCGCGAUCCGAGUGGACGCGCUGGGUGAAGACACGGAGGCGACAGUAGCGAAAGCGUUCAAGGAGUACGUGGAGCGUAAGGUGUGUGCCUGCGAGGAUGGUGAUGACAUCAAUGCAUCCAGGAAACAUUUGAAGAACGCGGCAAACCUGAGUGCGCAAACCGCCAAGAAAACAGACACCAGCAGUUACAACCAGGACGCGGACGUGGUUACGUCAAACAAGAGACAAGCAGAGAAGGAGGGUGAGGCCGAAACCGCAGAGGAGCCAGAAAAGAAGAAGAAAAAGAAGAACAAGGAAAAAACCUCCACGGCAAAGCCUCUCGCAGCGGGAGCCUAGAAGAAGAUGGAAACCGCCAUUGUACUAGAUCAAGAUAUUACGAGAUGAAAAAUAUAGCGAACACUUUUUUUACGAUUACAAACGAAUAUCCUAGGAGAUUACGCCGGGAGGACAUGGUGGUCUUUUGUUUUGUCAAGUUAGCAUUUACCUUCAAAAGGUGGAUAUUACGGGGGUAAGCCCAUCUUUGUGAUUUCUGUCAUGAUAGAGCGCCACUCUUGGUGAUAGAAUCCUCUGGAAGAUGGGCUUGCUAGAAGAAAAAUCUACGGAAGAGCGAUCUUUUGUCGUUGUCAGCAAGGAAUAUUUAUACCAUACAUGAUCACGAUGAACGUGAGCGGUCAAUUCGAUCGGGACCGAGAAAAGCGAAGCGGGAUGAUGGAAACGUGCACACAAAGAUUGUGAAAGUGGAAGUUGUGGAAAGAAAU